AUGGGUGAAAAGAAUUCAAAUAAAGAUUUAUUACAUUUAGAUGUUGGUGGAGGAAAUACUUCAAACAACAAUAGCUUAAAUUCAUUUCUAAAUGUUACAACAUCAACAUCAACGACAAACAACAAGACCAAACCAAAUUUUAGUAGAUUACCACCAAGCUCUGUUUUAGAUAGAGUAAGAGACUUCUUACCAAAGUUAAAAGAAGCAAACACCAAAUUAGAACAACAGAUAGCUGAUAAUGAAGAUGUUAAUAUAGAGAAUAUACAAGAUGGUGAACAAUAUAUAGAAAUGAACCUUGCAUUAGGUAUUUUAGAAAAGAAAGAAGAGUUAAAUGAAAGUAAUUUAGUUAUACCGACAUCAUCUACAACGACAACAUCAAAUAAAAAUAAAAAGAAAAAGAAGAAAAAUAAAAAGAAACAACAACAACAACAACAACAACAGCAUAAUCAAGAUACAGAUCAUCCAAUGGACACAUCAUCGACAACAACAAUAGCAUCAACUUUAAAUAUAAAUGAAGAUAUCAUUUUAGAAAAUAUUAAAAAUAAUUUUGUAAAUAGUAGCAGUAGCAAUAACAAUAAUAACAAUUCAACUUCGCUCAUGGAUAAACUUUCAUCGAUAAUAGAUAAUGACGAUGAUAGUGGUGAUGAAGAUUUAGAAAAUGAAACAUUGGAACCAAUUAAUGAAUUAUAA